AUGAACGCUAAUGAUCAAACUUUAGCUCGUUGCGAUGUAUGUGGUUUCAUAAACUAUUUAUCCGUAGUCACCGAUCAUUUCAAAAAGAAACACCCUAGAAAUGAAAAAGUAGAAACGAUGACUCAGGAUACCAAGGAGCAGGCAAUAAGUGAUGCUUCUACAGCUGAAUGUAAUGAAACAUCAAGUACUUCCUGGAAUGAUCCACAGACGAGGCUACUUUUGGAUAAGUAUGAAGAGUAUAUGGAUGCUGUAGGACCACUAAAAAAAUUUAAAAACAAAAAAAUUAUGUGGCAAUACAUAGCCAAAGACAUGUAUUUGGCAUUGAGAGAUUAG